GCGGAAGCGUUGGCUCGUUUUGGAUGGGAAAGUAACCAUCAUUCCUAUAUGGUUGAUGAGAGGCUGAAAAAAGAUGAUGAACUGUCUGAACGACGCUCUACACCUUCCACGGCACCACAGAUUAUCGUGAGAGGACCUCGAAGUGAUAGCGAUGCACGCUCUGUCAGUCCUUCAUCACGGUGCCGCUCGAGCAGUCUCGCGGUAACAACGUCACCAUCAGUCGCUCGUCGCGUAGACCCACGACUACGGCGGACUAGAAGCGCAACUGCAGUCCACUUAGCAAAUCAUCACAGAAGAACUUCAACGAAAGGAAGUGACGAUGCAACACCACGCCAUGAACGAGCCGUCACUGGUGAUUCGAUAUUUACCAGCGGAUUGGGCUCUCUGAGCGAGGAUUCGGCUACUGCGGAUGGUAGUUGA